AUGCUAGAAUGUGAUAUACUUACAGCAAAUGCUAAACUUACUGAGCAAGGCAGACUCGAUAAAAAGACAUUUAUUAAUUAUUAUCAAAAACUACAUCCACAUGAUGAAACAGACAUAGGACAACUUUUUGAUCGAAUUGAUGUCAACGAUGAUGGUACAAUUGAUUUCAAUGAACUUCUUGUAUUAAUUGCCAUUAGAAAAAAAUUCGGCAAUUUAGAACAAAGACUUGCAUUUGUAUUUGAUUUAUGGGAUGAUUCAGAAGAUGGACAAAUCGAUCGAAAAGAACUAACUAAUUUAAUAUCAGCUAUGUACUACCGUGCUGGUAUUAGUGAUCAAAAAGGUGAAUGGGAUCCCAAAAAACGUGCUAAAGAAAUCAUUGCUAAACUAGACAUUAGUGGUGAUAAGAAACUAAGUAAACAAGAAUUCGUUAACGGAUGUAUGAAUGAUCCAGUUACUUGUGGUCUAUUAGUUCCACGUUGUUAA